CUCGGGAUGUAACAUUGUUGGACCUGCUCCCCGUUCUCUUCCUUAGUUCGCUGACGUUCCACAACAUCGCCCGACUUGCAUCACGUAGUCUCGUCGUGAUGCGGGGACCAUUGGGGACCUGAAAUAAUGUCGUGGACGAGACAAAGCGGAAUAGAUCGUGGAGGAUUGCAACAUUUUUGCACAUGCAUCUAGGUGCAACGUCAAGAUGGGUUUCAUUCCCGACGCCGUCGCUCCGACGUCCGCCCUGUCAUGGCAAUCUGCAGCCUCGAUCCUGCUCAUCUGGAUCACGUACUCUCUAGGUCGCGCCAUCUACAAUGUCUCGCUUUUGCACCCCCUCAGCAAGUUUCCCGGCCCCAAGCUGGCUGCCGCAUCGUACGCGCCCGAGUUGUGGUACGAUUUGGUCAAGAAUGGGCGGUAUACCUAUGAGAUCAUCAAGAUGCACCAACUCUACGGACCCAUCGUCCGCAUCAACCCUGACGAGGUGCACUGUAACGACGUUCGCUUCAUCGACGAAGUCUACGCUAUCAACGGGAGGAAGAGGGACAAGCACGUCCACCACAUGAUCAACCUUCUAGACGCCGCAGCCGUGGCCGCCUUCGGCACAAUCGACCACGAUCUUCACCGCAGACGACGAGCAGGCGUCGGCAAGUUCUUCUCCCGACAGCAGAUGCUGAAGCUCGAGCCGCAAGUCCACGCAGCGGCGCAGAAACUCUGCGACAAGCUUCUCACGUUUGCCGGUGCCAACGACGAGGUCGUGCCCUUGCAAGAUGCCUAUAGCUGCUUCACGACGGAUGUGAUUACGGAGUACUGCUUUGGCGAGUCGUUCAGGUUCCUUGAGCAGAAGAAGUGGACGCCUAACUAUCGCGCGGCCGUUUAUGGGGCGCUGAAUCAUACGUUCUUAUUCAAGUUUUUCCCAUCGCUGAAAAUGAUUAUGAAUGCUGGGCCAUAUCUCAAGGAUUACCUGCCCAUAGACACGGCUAUCUUCAUCAACACAUACACAACCGUCAUCCCAGCGCUCAUAGAGAAGGCAAGAGACCGCAAAGUCACAGACACCAAAACCCGCCCCAACGUCUUUGCAGCGUUAUUCGACUCUGACCUGCCUCCCGAAGAAAAGACGAUCCCACGACUGACAUCCGAAGGGGUCAUCAUCUUAACCGCGGGAACGGAAACGGCAAGCUACACACUCACACUCAUCAGCUUCCACCUCCUCUCGAAGCCCUCGAUCCUGGACAAGCUGACGCGGGAACUCCAAGGAGCGGUCACGGACCCGAAGUACCUGCCAAACUGGCCGACCUUGGAAACACUUCCGUAUCUGAAUGCUGUCAUCUCUGAAGGUCUGCGGUUGGCGCCUGGUGGGUCGAUGCGCACCGGCCGGGUCGCUACCGAAGAGGAUCUCCUAUAUCGCAGGAAAUGGAGGCCCGAAGGGUCGGAUGUUGAUGUGGAUGUGUGCCAUAUCAUCCCCCGCGGAUGGGCCGCCAGCAUGAGCGCCAUCAUCUCUCAUUUAGAUGAGAAGAUGUUUCCCAACGCGAAUGAGUUUAUACCUGAGCGAUGGAUCGACGAGAAUGGCCAGAGAAGAAGGGAGUUGGAGGCUAGUUUCAUCCCCUUUUCCAAAGGGACUCGUCAGUGUGAGGGGAUGCCACUGGCCUACUCGGAGCUGUACAUCGCCCUAACUUCCUUGGUGUUGAGAGUCUUUCCGCGUAUGCAGCUGUACGAUACUACCUUGCGCGACAUUGAGUAUGAUCACGACCUAGGCGUACCUAUCCCCGCGACUGAGAAUGGCGUGAAGGUUAAGCUUAUUUGAGUUUAUACAACUUCAGGAUUCGCUGUGAAGUAAUAUUUUUGUUGAGAAUUUGAGGUGGAUCCCUAACAAAUUCCCUUUUGAGAGGUCGGUCGAGUACAAUUGAACCA